AUGUUGCGCACGUUCAUCUCUGCUCCAAGUCAGAAGCACAGCGGAAGGCUGCAAUGCUUUUGCAGCGUGGAGUUGCGUGGGUGAUUCAGAGAUGGGGUUUUGUUCUUGAAGUCCUUUUUAUUUCUUACAUUAUUUGGUUUCUAUGGGUGUCUCUUUGCUGCUUGCUGUCGUUCGUGCGAUGCCAUACUGUUGGAUUACCCUACCAUUCGCUACUUUGAUUACUUGUGUCAAAAAAUGUGCAAAUUCUAAGGAUAGGCACCUAUAGGGCCAGGAACAUAUUACAUAAACAUCUGACCUUUCAAACCAACAAACCCUGAACAUACGAAAGUCCUGCGCAGCGAAUGUCUUUGUCGUUCACAGUCAGCGAGCGCAUCUUAUGCUAUCAUGGGCCCCUCGUCUACGAGGCUAAGAUACUAAAAGCAGAGACGUGGGACGAAACCAACACUAAACUCUCCACAGUUGGUCCCCAUUUCUUCGUGCACUAUAAGGGGUGGAAGCAGACAUGGGAUGAAUGGGUGCCUAUCACACGGCUGCUCAAGUUCAAUGACACGAAUGUGCAACUGCAGAAAGCACUGAUGGCACAGGCCAGCGCAGCUGCAUCUACCUCGGGGUCAUCCUCAAAAGGGAAGGCCCAUAGUGGGGGUAUGAUGAAGGACAGUAGCUCCUCGCGCGGUGGCGGGCUUGGGCGCAAGGAUGGUAGAGGAACGAAGAGAGGGAGAGAGGAGGACGAUAGCAGCAAGAAGCCGGAAAUGAAACUCAAUGUCCCAGAGGUGCUGAAAGUACUGCUUGUGGAUGAUUGGGAGGCGAUUACAAAGAACAGUCAGCUGGUAUCUGUACCACGACGUCCAACAGUUGUCGAGAUCCUCCAGCAGUUCAAAGAUCAUGUGAUAGGGCUCGGGAAAAACACAACCCUUCGCGAGCCUGAACUCGUCCUCCCAACAAUAAUUUCAGGGUUGCAAGUCUACUUUGAUCGCUCGCUCGGCGCAAACCUUCUCUACCGCUUUGAACGUCCACAAUAUGCUGAGAUUCGCAAGCAGUAUGUCACGGGUCCCAAGGUGCAGGUUGGCCAGGAGAAGGAUAUGAGCGCCAUAUACGGAGCAGAACACUUGCUUAGGAUGCUUGUGAGUCUACCACAGAUGGUCUCCAGUUCUACGAUGGACGCGGAGAGCGUCGGGCUAGUGAGGGAUUAUGUCAAUGAGCUUCUAAUGUUUAUGAUGAACGACCGCAGUCGGCUAUUUUUGAUAGAGUACGAAAGCUCAAGUCUGCAAUAUCAAAACAUCUCUCGAUCAUAAUUCAUUAACGCUGUUCUUGUGUACAUACCAUUAUUCGCGAUCUUAAUCGUCUACGUCCGCCUUCGAUAAAAAUUUAUGCCAACUGUGAGGUCUGCUGGGUCCAACUAUAUCAGUUCGAUAAGCAGAGUACGAGGACUCGA